AUGAGAGAAGUUAUUAGUAUCAAUGUCGGUCAAGCAGGUUGUCAAAUUGGUAAUGCUUGUUGGGAAUUAUAUUCAUUAGAACAUGGUAUCCAACCAGACGGUUACCUACAAGAAGGUUUAACCAAACCAAAAGGUGGUGAAGAAGGUUUCUCCACUUUCUUCUACGAAACAGGUGCUGGUAAAUAUGUCCCAAGAGCAAUUUACGUGGAUUUAGAACCAAACGUUAUUGAUGAAGUUCGUAACGGUGCUUACAAAGAUUUUUUCCACCCUGAACAAUUGAUAAAUGGUAAAGAAGAUGCUGCAAACAAUUAUGCACGUGGUCAUUAUACCGUGGGAAGAGAAUUAUUGGAUGAUAUUUUAGAUAGGGUGAGAAGAAUGACUGACCAAUGUGAUGGUUUACAAGGUUUCUUGUUCACGCAUUCAUUAGGUGGUGGUACCGGUUCUGGUUUAGGUUCCUUAUUAUUAGAACAGUUGUCAGCUGAUUAUGGUAAGAAAUCUAAAUUAGAAUUCGCUGUCUACCCAGCUCCGCAAGUCUCUACUUCUGUUGUUGAGCCAUAUAACACCGUUCUUACAACACAUACCACUUUAGAGCACGCUGAUUGUACGUUUAUGGUUGAUAAUGAAGCUAUCUAUGAUAUUUGCAAAAAGAAUUUGGGUAUCACCAGACCUUCCUUCAGUAAUCUAAAUAAUUUGAUCGCUCAAGUUGUUUCCUCCGUCACCGCAUCCCUAAGAUUCGACGGUUCAUUGAAUGUUGAUUUGAAUGAAUUCCAAACUAAUUUAGUUCCAUAUCCAAGAAUCCACUUCCCAUUAGUUUCUUACGCACCAAUACUUUCGAAGUCAAAGGCGCAUCAUGAAGCUAACUCGGUCACUGAAAUUACUAACGCUUGUUUUGAACCAGGUAAUCAAAUGGUUAAAUGUGAUCCAAGUGCCGGUAAAUAUAUGGCUAAUUGUUUAUUAUAUAGAGGUGAUGUUGUCACAAGAGAUGUUCAAACCGCAGUAACGCAAGUUAAGAAUAAAAAGACCGUUCAAAUGGUUGACUGGUGUCCAACUGGUUUCAAAAUUGGUAUUUGUUAUGAACCACCAACUGUUAUUCCAGACUCUCAACUGGCCUCUGUUCAAAGAGCCGUUUGUAUGCUAUCGAAUACAACUGCUAUUGCAGAUGCUUGGAAGAGAAUUGAUGCAAAGUUCGAUUUAAUGUACGCUAAGCGUGCUUUUGUACAUUGGUAUGUUGGUGAAGGUAUGGAAGAAGGUGAAUUUACCGAAGCAAGAGAAGAUUUGGCUGCCUUAGAAAGAGAUUAUAUCGAAGUUGGUGCCGAUUCUUAUGCUGAUGAAGAAUUUUAA